UUGAGCUCACGAGUCAACACGUCCUCAGAAACCGACGAAAUGGCGCUAAUACUACAGUAUAUAAAUGAUAUGCACGUUUUCAUGGACAAACAUGGAGAUCCUCGGACUAAUAAUUGGUUCCUGAUGAGUUCUCCAUUUCCAACAUUAUUAAUUUGUUUGAGUUAUGUCUUUCUAGUCAAGGUUUUAGGACCCCGAUUUAUGGAAAAUAGAAAACCAUAUGAAUUAAAAAAUGUUUUAAUAAUAUACAAUUUUCUACAAGUAAUAUUCAGUGCAUGGUUAUUCUAUGAGAGCUUGAUGGGGGGCUGGCUGAAGCAUUACAGCUUAAGAUGCCAACCGGUGGACUACUCUGACAGUCCUGUAGCCACUAGAAUUGGGGCCGCUGGCUGGUUCACAGGCAGGUAUAACUUUCACUGUCAGCCGGUCGACCACUCCAAACAUCCACAAACAAUAAGGAUGGUACAUGCUUGUUGGUGGUAUUAUUUCUCAAAAUUUACGGAAUUUUUUGAUACGAUCUUCUUUGUUUUAAGAAAGAAAUUUGAUCAUGUAUCAACAUUGCAUGUCAUCCACCACGGAGUCAUGCCAAUGUCUGUGUGGUUUGGAGUUAAAUUCACUCCUGGAGGUCACUCUACGUUCUUCGGGUUGCUGAAUACCUUCGUACAUAUAAUCAUGUACACAUACUACAUGUUGGCAGCAAUGGGACCUCAAAUGAGAAAGUUUUUGUGGUGGAAGAAAUAUCUCACAACACUACAAAUGGUGCAAUUCAUCGGCAUCAUGAUUCACGCAUUCCAGUUGUUGUUCAUUGAGUGCGACUACCCGCGCGCAUUUGUAUGGUGGAUCGGAAUGCACGCUGUCAUGUUCUUCUUCCUCUUCAAAGACUUUUACAAUCAGUCAUACUCGAAACCUAAGUCGGAAAUGAAACGAAAUAAAAAUCGUAAUGGGUGA